AUGAAGUGGAUAUCCAAUUCUCCUUCCAAAGUGGGCGAUAACCCGGCCCGCGGAUGUACUCCGUACUAUGGCCAAAAUGCGGGAGUAGCGUCGGAGAUUAGAUCGCCCAGUACCCUUCAGUCCCGAGCCUCGGUAGCGUUCCGCACUCAUCCUCUAUUUUAUUCUCCUUUUCCAAGCUUCCAAGCUUCCUUGUACACAUCAUACACUAUGUCUGACCCUGAACACCCUCCAGGUGUCCCUACCGACCAUGCGGUGGGGAAAGCUUCCUCUGGGAGCUGCCCGAAGCGGCAGUUGUUAGCCGCCUUAACAACCACCGAUGUAACAAUCCGCCGACUAGAUCUAUUACUCUCCUCAGCAAGCGGACAAGAGCGGGUGUUAGCAACUGUCAACUAUGUUGCCUCCAUGCUGCACCAUCUCACAGCAUCAGCGCCCUGGAUAGCAUUACAAGCCCGGCUGGGGAUCCUUGCACGAUUGAGAGGCCGUGUCCCAACCAAAAACGUCACACCCGCGUCGUCAAACUCGAAAUUCGCGGCCCUUUGCGCUCUAGCAUCGGAAACGAGAUAUACCUUGCGACUGUUUGGGUUGCUUCCUCUAUGGAUUUGGGGGGCUGAUACCCUCAAAUCACCACCGGCGGACUCCAUUCUGCAUGCCCUCACCAUCCUACAGGUUAUCUCGAAUGUGGGUUACCAGAUUCUAGAGAACGUGGGCUACCUUGCUACCAAGGGUAUCAUCUCGAAACGUUGGGUGGAUAAAUAUGGAGGCAGUGCCAAGUUUGAUAUGUGGAGUUGUCGGGGAUGGCUCGGACACAUUUUCCUCCAGUUCUUUGUGCUCUGGCGCCAGAGUGUGCUGCGCAGAAAGCGAGUUGCGGCCCAGCGAGCCGCUGCCGGCACGGUGGAGAAUAAAGAGACCAAAGCGGAAGACAACGAAGCCCUGCGUUUGGAGAUCCGGGCUUGGAGGAAGAGCUUGGUUAACAAUGUUUUCUGGGCACCUUUGUGCUUGCAUUGGUCUCUCGAGAAAGGAAUUGGUAUUCCUGCAAGCCUGUCAGGGGUUAUGAGCUUCUGUGCCGGGGCUUGGAGUCUACAUGACAGCUGGGCUGCAACUGCAAAGAUCAAAGCAUAG